UGCUGGGGAGAGAGAGGGGAACUGUCUGUGAAUGGAUCUGGGAGAGCGAGAGGGGGAGAGGGAGAGGUGUCUCGGAGACUGUAAAUCAAUAGGAAAAGCCCUGUCCACACAGAGAAAGUACCUCACACCACAAAGACAUUGAUUUAUUUUUUCCUAGUCUUCAUCUUCCUUCUGUAAAGGGGGGAGCAAGAAAGCCCGAGAGAGGGAGAGAGAGAGAGAGAGGGAGAGACCGCCUCCUCAGCAUCCCUCAGACACAGCUUUAUCCUCUCGCACCAGCUAAGCUGUUUAAUUAAACAGGAGAAGUCCUAAGACUUGGAGAACUAUUAAGAGCAAAUGAGAAGGUAUCUAUCAGAUUGUGGAACAAACAUGGAAUCCUGGGGGAUGCAGGGCCACGUCUGAGAUGACUCUUGCAUAUUCAAUGUACAGCCAUGGAUGCUGGUGAAUGCUUCCUCGCCUCUUCCGGGCAGGAUGAGAGGAGCCCCUGGCCUCUGGACCUCAAUUUAUCCCUUUGCCCGUCAGCCACCAAAGAUACCCGACUCCUGCCCCCCUCUCCCUCUCCUGAUUCCUCUUCCUCUGCUUCCACCACUGGAGGGGGCUACAGUGCUGUUAGCCCAUCAUCCUCUGUCCUGCAACCAUCCCUACUGGCAUCUCUCAGCCCUCUUAACCCCACCUAUCUGCCAAAGCUCCUACCUCCUACAGAGUCAAACUGUAAAGAGGAAAAGGAAGAUGAGGGCGAGGCAUUUCUGGGGCAUGUCCUUUUCUCCAGCGACGGAUCUGUCUACCUCCUGAAAGGAGAGGGGGAAGAGGAGGGAGCUCUUCCUUCCUCAGACUCACCACGGGACUCCCCUAAUAGCACAGUGUUGCCCCAUCCUCCACUCACCUCGUUCCGUCUCACCGCCACCUACCAAGGCUUUCGCUCUAACCAAAUAUCCCGACAUACCUCAGCCAAGGCAGCCGACCUUACCCACACGGUGCCUGGCACCUCGCCCAGUAACCAAGACCAACCCAAAGAAAAAGAGGCGGGGGGGAGAAGAGGGGAAGAAGGUAAAAAACACAUAUCAAUUGGGGAGUCCCAUAGGACACAGAGAGUGGAUGGCGUGUGGAUUUGUCUCCCAUGCCAGCUAACCUUUCAAAAUGGAGGCAGCCUAGGUAGGCAUGCCUUACAUUUUCAUGAGCUGGACCAUCCUUAUCAAGAUAAGCUGGCAGGGGGAGAGACUUCGGGUAUUGUACACAGCUCUAGCGGGCAACUCUUCCUUAGCCUAUUAGAACCAAAAAAAAGCCACAACGUGUUAGAACCUGGCCAGGAGCCAGAGAAUGUGGUACAGAAUAUUACGCUUUUAGAUGUGAUUCAAACUCUGCCAGAACAACCAGGAACAUCAAAUGAUGUAACUUCCAAAAAGAAUUGCAAGGACACCAAAAGUCAAGACACUUGUAAUCCAGAAAGUAAAUCUCAACUCUCCCAGGGCCUGGUGCCCAAUACACCCUUAAAAUCUAACAGUUGUGAGUCCACUGGAACACACCACUCAACUGAAGCCAAAGAUUCAAUACCCCACAUAAAUGAAAAAAUUGAUGGAACCACAUGGUGCCCAAGAGUAAAAGAGGCACAGGGUGAAGGUGGUGAAGAAGAGGAAGAGGAUGAAGGAGAGUGUCCUCUCCCAACCUCUCAGCCUUCCGACAUCACUGAACAGCUACUCACAAACCAAAGCUUUUACGCUCAAAUGAUGACCAGUAGCUUUCCACAGAUUGGAUCGCUACAUGGCAUUGACAAGCGAGGAGACCAAACCGAGGCAGACCGAGGGCCACAAGCCCAUGAUGACUGUGCCCCAACCUCAGGCCCUCAACCAUUCCAAAGUCUUUCUCUACAGGGCCAAUUAUCACUUCUCCAUUCCCGCAACUCCUGCAAAACACUGAAAUGCCCUAAAUGCAACUGGCAUUACAAAUACCAACAGACAUUGGAUGUGCAUAUGAAGGAAAAGCACCCAGAGAGCCACAGUCACUGUUCCUAUUGCCAUAGCGGCCAGCAGCAUCCACGCUUAGCCAGGGGUGAGAGCUACAACUGUGGCUAUAAACCAUAUCGCUGUGAAGCCUGCAAUUAUUCUACCACAACUAAGGGGAACCUCACCAUACACAUGCAGUCUGACAAACACCUGGCAAACUUGCAGGGCUACCAAGGGUCAGGGACCAGUUCCAACUCAUCUGCUCCUCCUAUGACAGCACCAUCAGUCAAUAUUGGACAGGUAGAGGGUGAUCAGACUUCACCGCCUGAUCGGCACAUCAAGCAGAAGGCAUCAUGGCACUGCAAGGUUUGCAACUAUGAAACCAACAUCUCCAGAAACCUCCGCAUUCACAUGACCAGUGAGAAGCACAUGCAGAAUGUCCUGUUGCUCCACCAGGGGUUGGGAAUGGGGCAGGACACCUUUUCCUUUUAUGGAGGUCCAAUUGCGCCUGAACAAAACCUAGAGCACCCAUUGCUUUUUAACCCCAUGACCUUCAACCCAUCUGGAAGCCAAGCAUGCAACCUUCUCACUCAAGAUACCUCUUCAGGUUCCCAGGUAACAAAUCUGGGAUCCUCCAGCACUUCAUUGUCCACGCCUACACCACUCCAGGACUCCGCAUUGUCUGUGCUGGAAGAGGAGCCAUCCUCUGGUGUUUUCCGUUGCCUGGUGUGCCGCUGUUUUACCACAGAUAGUCUGGAGGGACUGAUCUCUCAUGCCAGUAGAGGCCGUUCUCUUCCUGAGAGGGAAUGGAGGGAGGUGAGAGGAGACUUGCAUUGCUGCCGACUCUGCUCCUACAGCACCCAACUAAAAGCCAACUUCCAACUACACCUCAAGACUGACAAACAUGCUCAGAAGUACCAGCUGGCUGCCCACAUGCGAGAAGGGGGAGCAGCACUGGCCGCUGCCCAAGCUUCGGCAGCAGAGCUACCAAUCAGUGGCUACAGCCAAGCAUCAUCAUUUCCCCCACUGCAUAUUCGAUGUAACCUGUGUGGAUUUGAGAGCAACAGUAGAGAAAAGAUGCAACUGCAUGUGCAGGGAGGGAGCCAUGAAGAGACUUUGCGAGUUUAUAAGUUCUUGCAGUCCAUUGAAGGUGGUGCUGGAAGUGAUACAUGCUUCCGCUGUGCCCCAUGUGAAAGCAGUGUUGGUUCUCGCCUCGCCAUGAUGUCACAUCUGCGCUCAGCAAAUCACCAUCAGAACCUUGCACAGUGGAGGCUGACUCAUGGAGAAGUCAUGCUAGAGGGAAUUAUCAGUAUCUGCAGAAACCCCCCAAAGGAGCCUGCUAAAGUACAAACGUCCCCAGAAUCCGUUUCAAACCAAGAAGCUGAUGAGGAGAGCACUGAUGUAGCUCAAGCUUCUACACAGGAAGAGACCUCCAGAUCUGAGUGUGACAACACUACUGAAGGGACUACGGUGUUUUGCUGCCCUUUCUGUGCUUAUGUCAGCCCAUCAGAAGAACAUGUUCGCAGUCAUACAGUGUCCCAGCAUGCACUGCAACCUACAUUCCGUUGUCCAUUGUGCCAAGAGAAGCUCACAGGAACUGCUAACCUUAGGAGUCACCUGGGACAUGGACAUAAUGUGGUGUCUGAAUGUGUUGAAAAAUUACUGCAGGUGGCACAAAAAGUGGACAUAAGUUUUCGAACUAGAAUUAUUCCUCUGAGAAUCAGAGACGAACCAGAACACCCAGUUUUAGAGACCCGACCUACCUGUGAAGCCACCAAUUUAGUCAACGAGGUUUCCCCUCCUCAAUCCCCAUGUGAUGAUUCCUCAAAUCCAGCAGAUAUAUCUGAACCUGUUCUUGAACCGGAGAAAACACCAGACGAAACUUCAUGUCCCUUCUGUAGACAGACUCCUGAAGAUCUAAGGACACACUUGGAAAAAGAUCAUCCUGAGCUUAACCCAUCAGACAUCCAGCAAGCAUGUGAAGCUCGGCACCGUGAGACUGAGGGAGGGGAGGCAGAAGAUAGGAAGUGUUCUCAAGAAAAUACACCUGUUCACUCCCAACAAGCCACAUACCGUAAAACCACCAACUUUGCAAUGGACAAAUUCAUGGACCCCUCAAGACCUCACAAAUGUGUAGUGUGCAAAGAAUCUUUCACCCAAAAAAAUAUUCUUCUAGUACAUUAUAAUUCUGUAUCUCACCUGCACAAAGUACGUAAAGCUUCCUUAGAUCCCUCUCUUUCAGCCCGCCAAGAGCCAGGAGCAGGGACCUCAGGACAUGGGAUACAAACAGGGCAAGACAAGCCGUAUAAGUGUACUGUGUGCCAUGUGUCAUAUAACCAAAGCUCUACCCUAGAAAUUCACAUGCGUUCUGUUCUCCAUCAAACUCGCUCCAGGGGGACAAAACAAGAUAUAAGUAGGGUUCCUCAAGAAAAACCUCAAAGAGAAGGUUUUUGCAGGAGUGAGAAUACUAGUGACCCAAGGGCAGAGACAGCAGGGGAGCUACAGAAUGUUGAAGCUUCAAAAAAAAGAAUUCCACAAAUAAGUUCCUGUUUGGGGGUUCCUAUUCUGCCUGCUAAUGUUGCUUCUUCCACUGUACAGCUUGCAAUAGAUUUGCCUCAUCCACCCCCCCUUGUUCAACCUCCACCACUCUUUGCUCCCUCACUCCUUCCUUCAUUUCCAUUAAUUCCAGAGGCCCUUCUGAAGCUACAACGUCAACAGCAGCAGCUUCUGCUUCCAUUCUACCUGCAAGAACUAAAAGUUAGUGGAGACGGAGGAAAUGCUCCUCUUUUGUCUUUUAGUGGUGCCCAGCUGCCACAACCAACUAAAGAUGAGGGAGGUCAACCCAGUGUCACACCUAAGCCAGCAAAUGAUAAGGAAGAACGAGUUCCAGAUGAACAAGAUGCAGCCACGGCUGAGACUGAUGCCUCACAGAAUCCAGAGUCAAGAACAGAGGCUGCAACCAAAGCUGGAGACCUUACUGGGUCUGCAGCAAGAGCUCUUCUAGAAAAUUUUGGUUUUGAGCUGGUCACACAGUACAAUGAGGGUAGACAACCAUCCACUUGCCAACCUCAGAUUCAGCCAAGGCCUCCUGCACCACCACCUGAUGUUCCUCCUGCACCUACAUCCGCAGACAAACUUCAAUGUGGUACCUGCGGCAAACAUUUUUCCAAUAGGUUAAUUCUUAAAACACACGAAGAGCACAUGCACCAACGUCUUCUACCCUUUGAGGCAUUGAGCCGAUAUGCUGCUCACUAUCGCCGAAACUAUGACAGCCACUACCCAACUGGUUUGAGCACAGAAACAGGAGAGUCUUCUCUUGCCCCACUGGACUUCUCCAUCACAUCAAAAGGCUCUCAAGAAGCUGAAGAACAAGAUGCUACCUGUGAAAUGGGAUUCACUGUGGAACAGCUAAGCUUCCUACAUAGUCUCCUUGAUCUGCCGAAUCAUUCAAUAGAAGAGCAGAUUCUUUGGGCAGCUGAUAAGAGUGGACUCUCUCCAGCAGCUGUCCAACAGUGGUAUAAACAAAGAGAGAAAGUAUUUCUAGAGGGACAAGAAGAUGAAGGCGAGGAGACAUCAAGAGGUGAUCGGCUGGGAAAUCGACGUUUCUCACGGACAAAGUUUUCUGAUUUCCAGACCCAAGCCCUUAACAGUUUUUUUGAAGCAAGCGCUUACCCACGAGAUAGUGAGGUGGAACAUCUUUCAGGACUGUUAGGUCUACCUGGACGGGUAAUAGUGGUCUGGUUUCAAAAUGCUCGCCAGAAAGCACGAAAGCAAGCUGCAGAAACAGGAACCACUCCUACAUCUCCUCUACACUCAAACCCAUCAGGGGAACGCCCUGCCUCCAACAGUAAAGUGCCCCCUUGCCGGAAAUGUGGAGUCAUCUUGCCCUGCAUAUUUCAACUCAUCCGUCAUCUUAAAGGUUGUUACAAUGAACAGAAUGAUGAAUUGACAGAAGAGGAAAUGAAGGAAGAGGAGACAAACAAAAUCCCCAAAGCAGAAGGGUCACAGCCAGAUCAGAUAACAACCUCCGAGUUAAUUUCAGGAAACACUCAAGAUGAAGAACAAGAUGAGGUACUUGAGGAGGAUGAGAUUGAGCCGCCAGACACAACAGCACCAGAAACUAAGGAAACCACAGAAACAGAAUCACCCACAGGAAAUGACGAUACAAUACAGCAAACAUCAGAGCAAAAUGAGCAGCCUAUAGAGCAGAAUGAAACAUUUGUUCCUGACAAACCACUGGACCAGAGUCCAAACAAGUCGGCUUCAAACAGUGGUCAACCUAUGCCUCCUUUGAUGGAUUUAUCACUGUUUAUCCCCUUGGGACAUGGCGAUGUGAGCUGCCAAAGGAAAAGAAAGCAUGAGGAAGAAAGCCUCUCACCUACAGGUAGUGAAGGUGGUGAUGAACCCCCCAGGGAUAAACGCCUGAGGACAACUAUAUUGCCUGAACAACUUGAUAUUUUGCACCGUUGGUACCUUCAGGAUUCCAAUCCCACACGCAGCACUCUAGAACGUAUCUCUCUUGAAGUAGGCCUGAAGAAGAGAGUUGUUCAAGUAUGGUUUCAAAACACUAGGGCUCGUGAGCGCAAGGGACAAUACAGAGGAGUAGCUCCUGCUUCUGCUACCCGACAACAGGAUGAUGCAGUCCCAGAAGGGUCCAAAAGGGAUGUUCCCACUAGUUACUACUACAGUGUUGGUACAAAUCAAGUUGCACCUCCAUUACCAACUAAGACAGCACAUAGUACAUCUUCAUUACUUUCAAAAACUCCAUCUUCUUCUGGCCAGGCUCCAAAUACAAUCACUAAUAAAUCUCUUGUCAAUACAACUCAAGCUCUCACAGGCUUACUGAAUGCCAAUCAAGUGUUGCCAAGUCUGGUAACUCAACCCCAAGCUAUUCCAGGCCUUGCCACCACAACCCAAGCUUUAACUAACCUUGUCAGUACCCCACAGGCCUUAUCUAGCUUUGUAAACCCAACACAGGCAUUUCCAAGCCUGGUUAAUCCUGCACAGGUUCUUUCCAGCAUUGUCAAUACCAAUCAAGCUUCUUCAAGUUUGCUAUUGGCAUCUUUCACAGCUAAAGCUCCAGCACCACCUAUUCUAUUGUCCACUGCCCCAGAAGUUAAACCAAAUACCUCUUCUGGUCUUCUUGUCUCCUCAGUAGAAAAGAUUCCUGAACAUGAGAAAAUAUCAGCUCUUCCAACACCCUCUAAAAACACAGCAGACCCCCAAAUCUAUCACCAGCCCUCCGAUGCCCAAAUUUGUGAAAAUCAAAGUGGAAACAACCCAAAAAUACCAGAGGACAGAGGAAGCUCUAAAACGGUAGAAGCUCAAAUGCAUAGCCCACUUGGUGGAGAUAUCAGUGAUGAUUCUGGUUCAGACCUUGGUCCCACAAGCCCUGGUAAGAGUGGAAUAAAUUCUGAAGGAAUGUUGGGAUCCUCUGGAGCUAGAAGAUACCGCACUCAAAUGAGUAGUCUGCAGUUAAGGAUCCUGAAAGCAUGUUACUCUGAGUAUCGCACACCAAGUAUGCAAGAGUGUGACUGCCUUGGUGGGGAGAUUGGCCUGCAAAAGAGGGUGGUUCAGGUUUGGUUUCAAAAUGCAAGGGCCAAGGAGAAGAAAGCCAGGCUCCAGGGUCUUGGGGGAACAUCCUCUACUGGUGAAGGUCCUCAGCCUACAGAAUGCACUCAUUGCAAUGUAAAGUAUGGACCAACUACCCCGUGCCGUGCCCAUAUUUUUUCUCGGCAACAUAUUGCAAGACUCAGAAUGUCCAUCCAACAGCAGCUUAAAGAAGAAAGUCGAUAUCGGGAUACUCAGCCAACUGGGGGAGCAGCUUCUGGAUCAGAAAACAAACAGGCAUCACAGCUACCAAGUUUCCCAGCUCCAAACACAGUAACACCUCAAAUUCAGAGGCUCACCCCAUUAUUGAUGCCAGGACAGGGCAUUCCUACACCUAUUGGUGGACUGGCAACUUUCAAUGCAGGCCCUCCUCCUAGCCUCCUCGGAAUGGCUUCUUCUGUAUCUCCAGCUCUCCUUCCCCGUACAGCUCCACCUGCCCCCUCUGCUUCCCACUCCUCUAAUGAUGCCUCUGUGGACUCUUCACAGGCCACGCUGACCCCUGAGGCCUCUGGUACCUCCGCUCUCAAAACUGCCCCUCUAAUGGGGGCCCCUUUUAUGCCUUUCCCACUAGCCCCAGCUGCCACCCCGCUAUUCACACCCCAAAUACAGGGCCCAUAUUUCCAGCAACUCUAUGGUUUAAAGAAGCGCUUGUUCCCCAUUAACCCGGUCAUACCACACACACUGCUAGGGCUACUCCCUACCCCUCUAAAACCAACAGCUGAGACCGCACCACCCAGAAAACUAGAGUGUCCACAGACCAAAGCAACAAAUGAGUGCAAUGUUGGGCAGGAGGAAAUGCUAAUGGUAGAGGAGGAAACAGUGGAGAAAGAUGAUGACUUAGAUGAUGAUGACAUCCCAAUGGUGGAUGUAGCAAUGAGGUAUCAGUGCCAGCGUUGCAAGGCAUCAUAUGAGGAAGAAGCAGAGGCUGAAGCUCACCAACGUGCAGUCUGCUACACUGGGCCACCACCUCACCCACCUCCACUAAGGAUGAGGGUCUGUACCUACCACUGCCUGUCCUGCCAAGUCUUGCUUCAGGGCUCUGCAGCUCGCAGCCAACAUCUAAGGUCACAGCAGCACCGUGUACACAACAUGUGUGGUGAUGGAGCAUCCUCUGCAAUACCUCAACUCAGGCCAAAGAGUGCUGCUACCUCUGUGCUCAUGGCUUUAUAGAGAUGCCCAUGGGCAGUCUCACAUUAUAGAAAUGCUUUUCAAACUGUCUUCUUCUUUACUGGCCCUUUGCUUGUUUAAGUUUUCCUUUACUCUUUCUAUGUUAUUUUCCUUCACUUUUAAUUAAUUUCCUUUCUGUUGUUUUUCUGUUGCCUUUGUGUUAUUCUCUGUCUAGAUGUAUCUGUCUGUUACAGAUGACGCAUUCCUUCAAUUAAGAAUGCUUCCUCGAUCAUCUUCUACUGGAGUGCCAUUGUACCUGUUGACUUGACUGCCUCUCUCUGUCUCUCUUCUGUCUUUCUGCUAUGUCCCUCCAGUGGUAAAAGAAAUACAACUUAACACAGGCCAAAAAGAAAAAACAAACAAACAAAACCUAAAACCUCUACAGAGAAAUACUGAGAACCCAAAGUUUUUCUGCAUUUCCUGAAACUGGUGCCAAAACGAGAGUGACCUCUCUCUGUUCUUGCGUCCUGCACCCUCAUAUCCUGAUGUAGGGAAGAGGAACAAAAAAAAAAUUAUAAACUGGGUAACAGAGGGAGGAAUAAACUGAAAAUAACCAAAAGUUCCAAGACAUAAGGAGCAAAACUCAGAGGCAGCACCUGCUUUCCUCUUACACAUGCGUGUAUACGUGUGUGUACAAAAGAUUAUGGGGAUUUUAUUUCAAAGGGGAGAUAUUGCACCCCUCCACCAAUGACUGUAAAACUUAGGGGGUGAAGAUUACACCCCAAAAACUCUCUCUGUGAUGCUUUAACUAUUUGUGGAGGGGAUGAGGGAAGGGCUUUAUCUUUUGUUUGGGGAGGGUUGAGGGAUAGGGGCAUUUUUCACUCCCUUGCCUCUUGUAUAGCUCUCCCCAUACCUCAUUCCCAAAGUUUUAAGAUUGGGGUAUUUGGGGUGGGGGCUGGAAGGGUUAAGCCAACUAACAAUAACAUUUAAAAGAAAAAAAAAGACUUUUGAAUCCAAAGUUCGUGACAAAGAAAACUCGAGAAAAUGUUGACACCAAAAAAAAAAAAAAAAAAGGAUCGAAGGAAAUGAUGUGUUAAAAAAGGACAAUUAUUUGUAUUGUGUAAAAAAAGUCAAAUGGAAAAAGCUGGGUCACUUUGCAGUACAUAAUGCAGAGCAGCAAGUAAUCUGUACAUGUGUUUACCAUCACCAAAUGUGUUUAGUGUGGGCCUCAAGUUGUGGAACAAUCUAGCAAUGCUCUUUAAGGAUUCUCUACACCUUCAUAACCUGUCUAAUUUAACGUUUCCAAUUCACCUCAAUUUUCUGUCCAUUUACUUUCUCUGACCUGACUACCGAGUAUGCCAUCGUCUGUGCUUUGGAAAUUCUUCCUUUUUUUGUUUCCUACCUCUUCAUAUCCUUCUGAAGUUGUUAUUCCAUUCCAUAUCCUUUCUUCUAUCAGUCUUCUAUUCUCUGCACCUCAUAACUUAUUUACUAUUACCUACUGAUGCAUCACUGCACCUGGCUACUUUGGGUGUAUGUCAAUGAUAUUGGUACCAUCCCUUGAAUAUAUAUAUACAUACAUACAUGCAUAUACACACACACACACAAAGACAAUUACACUCUACACUUUACAUGGCCAACUCUGAAGAGCUUUGAAAUGACAAGGUUCAGCUUAUUUUCAGUUAUGCUCUAUUUCUAAAACUAUAGUUAUCGCGUUGCAAAAAACACAAACCAAAACAGGAUACUAAUCAUGCAUUGCAGGUAAAACUAUCACAUUUGCUUGUUACCCACAUCAGGUCUACAGAGUUCACUACAAUUCUCCACUUACAAUAUACUGGCCAGCUCUCUAUAUAUAUAUAUAUUUUGGGACAAAACAAUUGUGGCUAUUUAUUCUGUUAGCAGUGUGAUUUGGUAGUAUUCUUCAAGAACAAUUCAAAUGCAAAGGUAAAUUCUUAGAACAUGUAGAGGAACCAACAGACCACAGAGGUGGUUUUGUCUAGCUUUCAAGUUUUGAACUUACAGAUAUAGAAAAUAUAUUCCGUUAUUAUAAGAUAGGUCCUAAUACAUUCAUGUUGACACCAAAUUGACUUCCUAGAGGUCAUAGGAUAACUCCUCAAAUAUUCUUGCCUAUACAAAAUAACAAAAUGGCACUUAAUCAUAGUCAAAUAUAAGUUAAAAAAAGGCCAAAGCCAAACAACUAAUCAUUUUUCUUGGAGAGUGUGAUAUCCUUUCUGGGUACCAUCCCAGAUGACUGCUCUCAUCAUACAACAGAAACACCAGUUCUCUUACUUUAUCUUUGCAAAUCAGUUCCAUGACGUGUUCACUAUUAACCAAUAUCUCAUCUCUUUCUAAUAUCCCCUCUACCUCCUGCUAACAUUCACCUAUUUGAAGGGUAUAGCUCUGUGGGGAUACACAGAUUGUGGCACAUACAGAUUGGGCCUAGGACUCUGGUUGAACAUUCAGGUAAAACCUGCAAGUGUCUCUCACCAAAAAUCACAAGAACUGCUAUAACCAAACUAGAGAGGACAGCACUGACAGAGGAAAUCUGAUCCAACCAGAGCCAGUCCGCUAACUGAUUUAAAGAGGUGUAUAUGACCCACUCUUUACCUGCAUCUUUUAACCUGUAUAGUGACCAGCUGCUCACCCACCAUGGAUUGUCGCAUGCAAAGAGUUCAAGGAGUUUUUCAGAGUGAUGUAUAAAUGGUUAAAAAAAAAAAAAACUAUAAAAACGAAGAUAAAAUGUUA